GAAAUCAAUAACAAAUUUCCCCUUUAAUUUGUAUGUUUUCUCGAUUCUGUUCUUACUCCACUAGAUCGCCUUCUUAUUCGUUGGUGGGUGUUUUCCGGCAACGUUCAACGAAGAUUCCGGUCAGAUUAUCGGUUUUUCUGGUGAGAAACAUGGCAUCGGAACGCAAAAACUUCCCUCCGCAGAAGCAACAAGCUCAGCCUGGUAAAGAGCACGUCAUGGACCCAACCCCCCAGUUUACCAGCCCAGACUACAAACCUGCCAAUAAGCUUCAAGGGAAGGUGGCGCUGGUGACGGGCGGCGACUCCGGCAUAGGGCGGGCGGUGUGUUAUUGCUUUGCUCUGGAGGGCGCAACCGUGGCCUUCUCGUACGUGAAGACACAGGAGGACAGAGACGCCAACGACACGAUCGAAAUGAUAAGGAAGGCCAAGAGCGCCGGAGCCAAGGAUCCGAUGGCCAUUACGGCGGAUUUGGGGUACGACGAGAACUGCAAGAGGGUGGUGGAGGAGGUGGUGAAGGCGUACGGUCGGAUCGACGUUCUGGUCAACAACGCCGCCGAGCAGUACAAGUCCAGUUCCGUGGAAGACAUCGACGAGGAGCGGCUGGAGAGAGUGUUUAGAACCAACAUAUUCUCCUACUUCUUCACCACCAGGCAUGCGUUGAAGCACAUGAAGGAAGGGAGCUCGAUAAUCAACACGACGUCGGUGAACGCGUACAAAGGGAACGCGAAGCUGCUGGAUUACACGGCGACGAAGGGGGCGAUCGUGGCGUUCACGAGAGGGCUGGCGCUGCAGCUGGCAACGAAGGGGAUAAGGGUGAACGGAGUGGCGCCGGGGCCGAUCUGGACGCCAUUGAUUCCGGCAUCUUUCGACGAGGAAGAGACGGCCAAUUUCGGGUCGGAGGUGCCGAUGAAACGGGCCGGGCAGCCCAUAGAGGUGGCUCCGUCCUUCGUGUUCCUUGCCUGCAACGUUGAUUCCUCCUACAUAACUGGCCAAGUCCUCCACCCUAAUGGUGGGACGGUAGUGAAUGCUUGAGAGGAUCUGUUGGUGUUGAGAGCUAAUAAUAGAGAGAGUUAUGUAGUUGGGGAAGAAAAUGUAAUAAUGUAUGUAUUGUAUAUAAUAUCCAAGUUGCAAUAAAGUUAGACUUCAAAUGGAAAAAGUUCAGUUUCGUCGUGUUUCUCUUUAUGGUGAUGUUGAUGGGGACUUUGGAAGUCAACUCUAUGAAAUAUUUUGUUACAAA